AUGCUUUCCGAAGAAAUUCAGUUUGUGAAUCAAAUCACCGACUUGUACAACCAGAUCUUGAAGCUCAGGAGUUUAAGACCCUCCAACGAAUGCGAUACAUUAUUCGAAAAGCUCGAAACUUUGUGCAUGACCGCUGACACAAACAUUGACGUUCAAAAAAUGAGCCAUGAAGUCCAGGGCAUGAGGUCCCAUCUCAUCAAGCUACAUGGUGAAGCAACUGGAUAUCUUGAGAAACAUUUCUCUGAGAUCUUGGGAUCUCUGGAAGAUAACCCAGUUGAUCACGUAGAUCUCUACCCUAGCUACCUACUCACUGUUAACAUGAUCAAGCUCGAGCUCGAUCUCAUCAGGAAACACACACUACGUCUUCCGACCAAGAUUGCGUUCGUGGGCUCGGGUUCCAUACCCAUGUCGUCCAUCGUUUUGGCUAAGUUCCACCUUCCAAACACUACGUUCCACAACUUCGACAUUGACCAUCAGGCCAACGCUCUCGCCACCCAUCUUGUUUCACGUGACCCCGACCUCUCCCAGCGCCUGUUCUUCUAUACAACGGACAUACUCAACAUGACCGCGGUAAUUCUACGUGAGUACGACGUAAUAUUUUUGGCAUCUAUGGUUGGAUUGACCAAAGAGGCAAAGGUUAAAGCUAUUGAACAUUUAGAGAAACACAUGGCUCCUGAAGCGCUUCUCAUGCUUAGGAGUUCUCAUGGACUUAGGUCUUUCAUAUAUCAAUCCGUUGAUCCUUGUGAUCUUAAAGGCUUUAAUGUCUUGACGAUUCAUCACCCGAUGUCCAAUAAAGUGCCUACCUCUGUGGUGAUUGCACGCAAGCUUGGUGGUAAGUCAACGUACGAGGAGAAUAAUGGGGUUCGUAGCGGCAAGAUUUGA